AUGCCAAACCUCGGCAGCCCACCUCUGAGUGAGGGGGUGCUGAGCCCCCCAGAGUGCCAGGCACUCCCUGCCCUCACCCGAGCCAGCAAAGAACUGGUGGCUCUGAAGUUGGUGGACACGUCUGGACGUUUGUUUGAUGCCGAAUUUCGCCGCUUCGCCAUGAAGCGCUCUGGUGCGGGCAGCUUCCAGGACUUCUACUGCCUGCUGCAGACGGUGCACCAGAUCCCACGGGUGGACGUGCUCCUGGGUUACACGGAUGUCCACGGUGACCUCCUGCCCAUCAACAACGAUGACAAUUACCACAAAGCCGUGUCCUCCGCCAACCCCCUCCUCAGGGUCAUCAUCCAGAAGAAGGCAGAGUCCGAUGCCGGUGUCUUUGCCUCGAACUCCUUGCAGCGGAAGAAGAAGGGGCUGCUGCGCCCCGCGCACUACCGGGCCAAGCCUCACCUCCUCAUCGGCAUGCCCCAGGACUUCCGCCAGAUCUCCUCCAUCAUCGAUGUGGACAUCCUGCCUGAGACCCACCGCCGCGUGCGGCUCCACAAGCACGGCUCUGACAAGCCGCUGGGUUUCUACAUCCGUGAUGGUGUCAGCGUGCGCGUGGCCCCACAGGGCGUCGAGAAGGUGCCUGGUAUCUUCAUCUCCCGCCUGGUGAAGGGUGGUUUGGCCGAGAGCACAGGGCUGCUGGCGGUGAGCGAUGAGAUCCUGGAGGUCAAUGGCAUUGACGUGGCCGGCAAGUCCCUGGACCAGGUGACGGACAUGAUGGUGGCCAACAGCCACAACCUCAUCAUCACCGUCAAGCCGGCCAACCAGCGCAACAACGUCAUCCGCAGCAGCAAGGCCUCAGGCAGCUCGGGCAUGUCUACGGACAGCACCCCCAGCCAGCAGACCCCCAGCCCGGCCUCGCAGUACCUGAGCAACUACAGCACGGCUGAGAGCGACGAGGAGGGGGACCUGGUCAUCGAGAGCGACAGCGCGCCCCAUUACAUCCCCGGGGGCUGCCCCAAUGGGGGCCCUGCAGAUGGACCCCUCCAGCGGAGCCUGUCCCCACACAGCUCGCGGGGCUCCCUGCAGUCCCUGGGGAGCCAUGACGGCAGCCCCGGCCGGGGCAGCGGGCAAGAGGACGGCACCCUCCUCACCCUAUAG